CGUUGAAAAGUACUUCGUUCGUGUGCGCAAUUUCAAAAUCGUUGGGCUACUAAAAGAAAAGAAAGAACUUGAUCUUGAAAAAUGGAUUCUGUAGAAAGGAAUACAGAAGAAGAAAAUGAAACUACUGCUACAGAAGUAAAUCAGGUUUUAGACAGUGAUGAACAACAACAUACUUUGGACGAGUAUAUACGCGAAGUUCAUGAACGCGACGAAUAUUCGGAUGAAGAGUGUGAUGAAGACUAUGAUGAACUGGCAAACAUGUGGCAUUACGACGUAGCGACUGGAGAACCAUGUCAAAGAUUUUCUACUCUGUUGAAGAAUUUGGUUACGAAGUAUCUAACACCUGUGAAAAGGAUAUAUUCGAGUAGACCACUCGAAAAGUCCACACUUAUAACGACCAUCUUUGAACAACUAAAGUUAUUAGGUAUGAGUUAUUUCGAACCUAUAGAAGGUGACCCUGAAAAGUUUGUUGUGUAUGUCCCAUGCGACUCUGAGAAGAAGACUGAAAUAAUCAAAACUAUGUCUAAAGAGAAAAAACUACAAUACCAAGAAACACAAAAAAAUGAAGCAAAACCAACAAAAGUAUCGACACAUACAGAGCAUAUGGAACCACCACCACAACUGUUGGGAGAUUCUUCACCAAAGAUACCCCGAGAUUUGCCUGCAAAAACAUCUUCAAAAUACGCUCGAGAUACGUCAAGAAAAAGCACUCCGGCAAAAUUACCUAGUACAAAAUCACCUUCUAAGAUUACUUCUAAACCAUGGAAAUAAUAUAGAAUGUAUAACAAUUUUUAUAUAAAAAUUAUUUUAAUUGUAUAAUAUAUUUAAGAAUUGUUUUAU